UUCAUUUCUUUGUAUUCCUUCAUUUGUGUCAUACAGUCAUACAGCGCGACUGAAAAACAAAAUCUGAUGUGAAAAAUAAAUCCGCGAAACCCUAAAAUUCCAAAAACAAAAUCGAAACUUUAACAAUGGCGAUGAUGACACGAAAACAACGCCGCAUGAUGGCGGAAGCAGCGGCGAACUCACCAAACACGGUUCUCCCUGAAGAACUCAUGAUCGAAAUCCUUUCUCGAGUCGACUUGAACAAUCCAUUACAAUUGAGAUGCGUUUGCAAAUGGUGGAAAUCGCUUGUUGUUGAUCCUCAAUUCGUUGAGAAUCAUCUUCACAAAUCUUUCACUGAUAUCUCCGAUCUUGCUUCUAAGGCUAUUGAUCAUAUGAAAUCUUUUGAUUCAAAUUAUGUUUAUCAUCAAGAAGAAGAAAAUGAAGAUGAUGAUGAUGAUGAUGAUGAUGAUGAUGAUGAAGAUGAAGAGGAAAAUGAUGAAGAAGAAACAGAGAAACGGUUGAGGAUGAACAAGAUUGCUCAAUUGGAUAAUCUUUUGGUGAUUGUUAGGUCUAUUAAAGGGAAUUUGGAAACUAUGAAAGUUGAUAUGCAAGCUUUGAAGGAUAGAAUGAAAUGUCUUCAAAGUUUUCUGCAGAUUUAUCUCAAGUCGGCAACAGCUUCUUCAUCUUCAUCUGCUUAGUUCUGAUUAUCAAUGGUUUCGAUUUUCUUUUUUCGCUUUUUAGAAAUGUUGCAACUUAUGGUUUAUUAGAUUAUCUUAUAUGGUUGCUUCUGGAGCAAUGUUGGAGUAAAAAUUAGUGAUUUUGAUGCCAAUGUCUGUGUUAAAAAAUGGUUCUUACUCUGAUGUAAAUAAAUGAUUAGUCAAUUGAAUAUGAACUUCUUCAGCACGGA